AUGGACGAACGUGAUAGUUACUGCUUCGAUUAUGUGUUCCGUUACAGUAACGAUUACUUUUCUCAAAAUUCUGUCAUGAUGCAUAUACCUUGGCACAUUCCAGUACCUUGCCGACCAACGUACGUCGAAGAAGUUCUAGGCUUCACGUAUACUGAUGCACCGAUUUGUUUGAGUUACUCUUGCUAUGGAGAUCUUGGUAAACUGAAUUUGGUGUGUGUAUUCAAUGUAGUAGUAGACACUUUCACAAUUUGGAAAGUGUGCAAAGUCCGAAGUGCGCAGGGAAACACUAAAUUCCAGAAAAAGGAAAUCGAUUUUUUGAAGCAGUCGUUCAGUCAAGCAAUCUAUUUAAUGAUCGCUAUACCAUUAUGGUUUAUAUUGCCCAUGUACAGUAACAGUGUUCUAACCCAAUUUCUUUUGGGAUUACUAUUUCGACCAAUCAUUCACUCGUUUGAUGGUGUUCUAACUUUAUAUUGCAAUGUAGACAUCAGAAAAUCUUUGGCUCGAAAAUUCAAGCGUCAAACGAAUUCCGCCCAUAACUCUGUUUUGGUUGGAGGAAAAUCCAGUACUCGAGUAGCACUUGCAGGGGCAAUUUGCAAUGGUUUGAUUGUGAUAGCAGUAUCAACCAAUAAAUCCCUUAAUCAUUCCUUUUCAAUGCUCACUGGGAAUCAAGCUUUAUUCAAUUCCUUUUGCUCGUUAACUUUUCUACUAUAUAUGGCCCCCAUGUUGAUUUUAGACUCUGAAUUCCUAAAGUCCAAUUCACAACAUGCCGGAUUUUUCCUUUUACUCGCUUAUGAUGUCUCUAUUCAAACCCAUGCAUUAAUUACGAUCAAUCGAUUCUGCGCGGUUUUCUUUCCGAUGACCUACAAAAACAUAUUCAGUUGCAAAUUGACAAAGGUGGUAAUGAUGCUAUCAUUUUCCAUUUCACUGGUUCAAGUAUCAAUUUUCUUUCAAUUUUUAGGGUGCAAAUUUGUUUAUAAUGACACAAAAAUAAGUUUUCUUUAUUCGGAUCUCCAAAUCUGUACAGAUUACUUUUAUAUUUUCGAUUUGGGGAAAAUUAUGACACUAUGCACAUUCAAUGUUGUUGUUGACUGUAUCACCAUUUGGAAAGUUCGAAAAAUCAGAAGUGCGCAGGGAAGUUCUAAAUUUCAGAAAAAAGAAAUCGACUUUUUGAAACAGUCUUUUGGUCAAGCAAUGUAUCUAUUCACAUUCAUUCCUGUCUUCAUGAUCGCUCCAUUUUUCGUUUCCAGUAAAGCAAUUCUUUUCAUCCUGGGAACGCUCGCCUGGUCGAAUACUCAAUUUAUUGAUGGCGUGUUGGCUCUGUAUUUCAAUAUAGAAAUUCGAAAAUGUCUAUCGAACCAAUAUAUAACUCAAAGCUCGAAUGUAAAUUCGUCAGUUUUUAUGGUUGGUGGAAAGUCAAGCACACGAAUACAGUGA